AUGUCCGCUAAUGGCCUUGAGACGCGCUUGGGAGUCCCUGCUGAGCUUUCGGGAGUGGUAGUGGAUGCUUCUAAAGCACCCUCAGAGAGCUCUGCAUCGAAUGGCUCCUGGGAUGUUAUCAACCCACAUCUGGAGACUUUCAUUCAGAUCUUGGCAUCGAUGCAACCCACGAGGCCAGACAUCGUCCGAGGGAUUCCGGUGUGCCAAGCUCUGCAGCGCACACCCCGCAUGUGGGCUCGUGGAGAUCUCGACGCACUCCAUGUGUACAGCAAGGCGACGGGCGAGCUCGAAGAGUUUUGGUCCCACAGCUGGCGCACGCCGGGGUGGCUAAAGUACAUCAGCAUACUGUUCUUGCACAACAGUUUCCCUGCUUGUGUGGUGGGUACACUCCUUGCCUUUGCAUCCUUCGUUCUUUGUGUGGCUGAUGUCCUUCCGACGUGGUCUAGGGCGGAGCGUCAAUGCGGAUGGAGCGUCCUCACUGGUGCUGUGAGCUACUACCUGACUUUGCUGCUUUGGCGCAGAGGGAAACUGGCUUUUUUCGACGUUGCCUGCAUCAAUCAGGUAGACGAUCAGCUGAAGACUGAGGGCUUGGUCAGCAUGGGCGCUAUAUUGAAGCGCUCGAAGUCGCUUCUGGAAAUGGCUGCAUUCCUGCAUGGCAAGGGUCCAGCUGCAGACGCGCAGCGGCACCUUGUGGCCUGCCCGGUGUUUGUCGGCCCGGCAUUAUUGCUAGGCCACCUCGGUUUGAGCAUACUCCUGCUAGCCUUCGAACUUACGCAGCUGCCAAUGUUUCCUUGGGGUGCAGUGAUCAUAUGUGGUCUGUCCUUCCCCUGCUUCACAGUGCUCGCAUAUUUGGUCCUCGAACAUUGUCGCAGCAUAGAUGCUGUGCAGAAUCAAGUCCGCUAUUUCACCAUUGAGCAAGCUUUGUGCUACUGCUGUUCCUGCGGUCACACCGACCCUUUCACAGGUAAGCCCAUGAUCUGUGACCGAAUCAUUCUUGUUCGAUGCAUAUCAUCUUGGUUUGGCUCCACCGAGCAGUUCGAGUCCUUGGUUCGGCAGCAUGUGAUGACAAUACUGGCCCAUCAGCUUGCGAAUCGCGUUUUCUCGUAUUGGCGCAUUUUGCAGGCAACCAGCCCUCUGUUUUGGUUAUUUCUGGACUUCUGGCUCGGGGCCAUCGCAAGGCAGAAUGUGCCAGUAGACCUCAUGGUUUCAGCUGUGACAUUUUGCAUGAUGCUGAUACCAAGCAUGGUUCUGAUUCUACUCCGCUUGGCCUACAAGUUUCGACACCUUGCUGCUGGGGUGCGACAGCAGCUGAUGCUGUCAGUGGGACUGGUAUCCAUCGGCAUGCUGCUUUUCGCGACGCUGAUGGCGGCGGACCGUGCGAUGCUGGAGCUCUCGUGGCAUCUUUGGGGUGACCGAUCUCCUGGCGUUGCGACAUUUUUCAUACUGUCGGGUAUCCUCAGUGUCUCGCUGUGGCGUUGCUUGCCUUUGAUUGACACGCAGACUAUCCGUCCAGACGUGCGGUGA